CAAUAUAUGGUUUGUUAUUGGUUUGUUCUAACACGAAUCUGUGCGAUUACUGGUACUAUGGUCCCUGCCGUGUUUUCUUUUAAAGACUGCGCGUGAAGUAAUUCGCAUUUUAUAUGUACAACACGAAUCAUGGUGGAUUUCCGUUGCUGUUUUAUUGACCUUAGUUCUAUCUUGGACUUAUCUAGCCAGUUCGUUACUCUUUUCCAGACUACUGGUUAUAGUGGGAUUAUUACUUUCAUAAAUGGUGGUGAUUUUGCAGUCUCUUCAAUAGUCCAGGUUGUUGGCAUAAUUAUCUGCCUGCAUGCUGCCACAAAAAUUUCCAGUAGAGCCCAAGGCAUUGCAUCAAUUGCAAGCAGAUGGCAUGCCUUCUCAACAUGUGGGUCUUCAGAUUCAUCUCACCUGAGGGUUUCUAACAGCAUGGGAAACUUGGAAGCAGCCAACCAAUUUAACCAACUGCACAUCAACUAUUCUGAGAGUGAUUUGGAGUCAAUGGAUUACGCUGCAAUGCCAAUAAAUUCACAGAUGGCUUCAUAUAUGUCCUCGUACCAAAAAAGACAAGCCUUUGUAUUGUAUUUGCAAAUGAAUCCUGGUGGCAUCACUAUAUUCGGAUGGACAGUUGAUCGGGCUCUUGUGAACACCAUAUUUUUCAUCGAACUCACACUGGUUACAUUUGUGCUGGGAAAAACCGUUGUUUUCACCUCUCGCUGAGAUCUCAUGGCUAAACAAUUCCAAAGCUGUGUUCUUGGCUAUGUUGUUGUAUGCGUCUGUAAAUAACACAACAUAACAGAUAUUUACACCCCUCCUACAUUCAAAGCAACAACAUAAGACUCAAAGCAUCGUAAUUUCACACGCCAUCCUCAGGUUUGCAUUACUGUUUACCGUUCUCCUCCAUUGAAUUUGAGUUCAAAUGCUUGCUUGUUA